AUGCGGUUCCCUUCUUUUGCCUUCGCUGCCGUGGCCGGCCUAUGGCAGCAGCCACUCGCUCCCGAGGAAGAAACAGUCACAAGCACACGCCACAUACAUAUCACUAAAACUGUCACCAACUCAGCCAGCACUAUCUAUGCUGUUCGUAUGGGCACAUCCACCGUAUACAUGGAGUACUUGCCUGCUACGAUGAUGGCUCAAUCACUGCGGUCUGAAGCAACCACCCAAGUUCAGGCUACAGUAUUUGCAAGCAAAGUUGGGACCUCGAUCUCGACCAUCACGGAUGCUCCUCAAUCUCUGAUUGAUGAGGCUGCAAAGGAUGCAGCAGAACUGUCAUCCUCGCAAUUGGCAGCGGCGAUCUCAUCCGCUGAAGCUGAUGCACUGGCACACUCCACUGUUGCAUUCCUGACAGGCACUGAUACAUCUCUUGUCUCGGCAUCUGCUUCAUCAACCCAACCCGAUUCUGCACUGUACACCAAUUCGAGCUCUGCAUCGACUUUGGCCCAGCCUUUGGCUGCCAACCCGAGCGCUAACGGUGGUAAUGCUGACGCGUUGCCACCGAUCGGACUUGAGCUUCGAUCUAAUGCAGAAACGACUACAACUGUUCAGCAACAAGCAACAACCACAGAGGCGUCAGCUACUGUGGUUGUUGUAAUCUAUGGCUCUUCAACAUCAAUCAUGACGUCGGUCCCUCCCAGCUUGCUGGCGGGCAUUGCCUCCUCGCAAGUAUCAGACACAUCAGUAUCAAGUGUGUCCCAGCAGGCUGAAGGCUCCGCAGAGCUCACACAGCCCACCCAGACUAGCGACGCAGCCGUAGCCAUCGACACCAAUGCUGCUCAAAUCAAGAGCUCUCAAACAGCUCUGAUCCAAUCUUCUUCCUACAGCGACAAAGCAACUGCUAUCAGCUCAGCUGCAUCUUCUUCGACGACAACGAAUCAUUUCAGCACAUCGAGCUCACAAAUAAUGUCAACGAGUUCUGCAUCGUCUACCAGUAACAAAGUCUACACUAUUCCCGUCACUGUGACCAGUGCAACUUCUACCUCCUCUGUUGAUAACACUGUUGUACCGUCGGUGGCAGAGACUUCUGACUCGGGUCCAUCGCUCACAGUAUACGGAACUCAAAGCAGCAGUUCGUCCUCGGCAGCAGACAUUGCCGCGGACAAUGCAGCCGGAGCUUCAGGCGGCGACUCUGGUAGUUUCCAACUCAGCAAAGGAGCCUUUGCAGCAAUCAUCAGCGUCGUCUCUAUUGGUGUUGGUCUAGGCAUAAUCUUCUUAGUCCUCUUCGUCAUUGCCAGACGCCGUCAAUGGAAAAUCCGUGAAUCUAUCGUCCGCGCCUCUCGUCGUAUUACCGGCCGCUUCUCUUCUCACCCAAACAAGACAACUCUGCGUUCGGAGAAGGAACCGACAUUGCCGAUCAUUGAGCCUCGCCAGCCCAUGGGUCCUCGUCCUGCACCGUCUAGCAGACGUGAAGGCUUUGCCAAUAUUGAUGCUACGCUGCACACCAACUACCGAGGUGUGGAGACGGCAGGGAGAAGUGCAUCUAGAGGGCCAGAGGCGUGGAGAAAAGCGAUGGCACAGGAGAGGUUGCAACCGAGUAAGAGUCAGAGAAAGAAGCCUGAGUUGAGGGUUGAUACCGGCGUGGCAUACAGGCUGGAAGAAGGAAGAGAUGCGCAAGGAGGACAGAAGAAAAGAGGGAACUGGACAGAUUUGUUCAGAUCCUUGUGA